CUUUCAUGCGGGGUCAGCAAACACACUUAAGAUGUGUGUGUUUGUGUGUGUACACUGUGACCUCCUAAAGGUUUAACUCUUCGCAUUGUUCUCAGUAACUUGGUAACCAAAGUUUUACCCAGAGAGCAGUGGACGCUUUAAAGUUGGACGCAGAGAGGAGGUCGGCGUUUGUUUUGCAAAGCUCCCACAUGAACAACCGGUAAGACAUUUCAGAAAAAGAACUACUUCAGGUGACGUUUGAUACUAUUUGUUCACGUCGGUAGUCAAGGUAACGGUGACCUGUGCCUGUUUUCUUGAAAGGUUUCCUCACGUGCCAUGAGAUCUGAGUGCAGGGACGUUCAUCAAUCCGUCACUCUGCCCUCUAUUUCAGAUGAGCACUCGUUACCUGUUGCUGUCCGGAAGCGCCACCUGGAGGCCUCCGGGAACACGCACCGUCUCCGAGGCGCUCCGCUCAGAGACAAGGUCCAGUCUCAAAGAUCAGUGUUACAGCAGAGAGAUGAGGCAGCCAGAGCAAAGCCAUGGAGUGACGCUCAGCAGAAACAAAAGAAGUUGGCCGUCUCCAAGUUGCAGCACGAUGACUCAUACCUGAAGUCCAUCCCUAAAACCAGCUAUUACCUGAUCUUUGACCUCCAGAGGCAGUUAGCCCAGUGCGGACAUCUCAACACACACCACGACAUGGAGGACUUCUACAGGCACAUCGAAUAUGGCCGUCACCCAUCACAGCUGCACAGAAGUCUGGAAGCUGUCAGGAAGAAGAUGCUGGGGAGCAGACCUGCAUCUGAUUUGAUGACGUCAGAAAAACUUCCCUGCGCUGCUGAAGACGGAGGACACCAGGAACUCAUUUCCAGCUCCAGUGUCAAAGAUUCAGCUGGUGUUGGUUGUGGGCCGGUGGAGAGAUGCUACUCAGCUGCAGAGGCCUCUGGUCUGGAAGUGAUAUUAGACGGAGGGUCUGGUUUGGAGGAGAGUUCGGCGGAGCUGAUCUUUGGUGGCAGCCAGGACAAGGAGGACUUUGAGCAAAUGUUUCCCAAGACGAAACCCCCCACAUUUGCAACCCUACAGCCCAGUUUUAUGAGGAACUUCCGGAGCAAGAUGCCUGAUUUGAUUAUCCCUGAGAUUCCAGAGAAGAGCAGGAAAGCAGAGAUUUAUUUGAGGCAGCUGAGACAAAUGCAUGAGCUGUGUUUAUCCAACAUGGCUUUCACCCGAAGACUGCUGGACAGAGAGACAGACUCACCGCGCUGGCAGGAGGACCGAGGCGACCGCGAUCUGUUUCCAGUCACUGACGCCAAACACGAGAAGACGAGCCAAAGCAACGAGCCACCUCUCUGCUCUCCGAAACAGCUUCGAAGUGUCCAGAGUGAUGGACUUUGUUGUCCCAAACAGCUGAGCAGAAAGACCUCAUCCAGCCUACAAAAGUUCGGGACUCCGGUUUUGGGCAAAGCAGUGUGCGGCCGUAAAACACCUGAGCCAUUAUCGAUUGAAGACCUAUGUCAACAAAAGCACGUACAGGUGAUUGACCAUGAGGUUAAGCUAUGGAGAAACUACAUAGAAGACACUAACCACUGAAGAUAUCAACACCAUACAUAACUAGUUUAUUUUAGUUUACUGAUUACUGAACGUCUCACACCUGUGAAAGAUACACUCCAUUUUGCAAUAUUAAAACUAUGUGUUUUCUACAGCUCACACUGACAUACUGUUAUACUUCUACUAUGUAAUAAAAAUACUGUCUUUUAGUCGUCAUUAAAGGGGCAAUAUGUCAGAAUUGCUCACCUGUCAAACUCGACGUAAAUAGAGGAACAUGAUAUAACUAGAGUAUGCCAGGUAUGGGAGCUCAUAGCACUGGGAGUGUAUUGGAUGUUUAGAGCACAGGGGCUCUGGUCUGUUAGGAGCAGGAGGUUUUUCAGUCCUGCGGUGGGAGGGACCAAGAACUGUACCCAGGCAACAGGGCAAUGGAACCAGGCUCAGUAGCCAGCAGCACGUGUGUACAUUUCCUUUUGCUUUUGUUUUACACCAUGUUUAUUUUGUUUGUUUAAUACAGCUCAGAUAGAGAGGGAGGUACAAGCUAGCUGGUUAGCAUCAGCUUCGAAUGUCACUGGAUUUUUCUGCAACAGAACACGUGGAUGUCUUUGACCCAACACCAAAACUCUUCUUCACAUUUAUGUUGAUAAUGUUAGUAAAGUUGUGAACGUUUUAAACUAAAGUCUUCACAUGUUGCCCCUUUAAAUGAUUUGAAUAUGCCAUUUCUUGAUUUUAGUAAUGGUAGAGUUAAUAUACAUGUACAGGUUAUCUGACCGGUAAUGUGUACUAUGAUCAGUUGAUCAUUUGAGACUUUAAUAGCUGCUAAUGUUCAUUAAUUAAAGGUGUGACUGUUGUACUUGA